ACUGCUCUCACAUCACACCUGGACCCUAUAAGACAGAACACAAGGAGCAGCUUUACUUAUUCUGUAUUGACUCUCUUUUGACUUUUAAUACUUUUGUGCUGUAGUGUGGUAUUUCACUCAAAUAUAACAACAGAGGGAGAUAAAAAUGGGAGGAUCACAGUCACAAAAGAAAGAGCCAUUAGAAGAUAAACCGUGGAGGGAAUUUGAUUGGGGUGAGAAAGAAGCGCUGCAAAGAAGCCUGGAAAACUUCUCUGUGAGGAAUCCGGAAGUGAAUGUCAGGAUUCUGGUGGCUGGACAGAUUGGAGCAGGAAAGUCCAGCUUUAUCAACUCGGUCAAUAGUGCCUUUCAAGGAAAGAUUGUGUGCGAAGCGCUCGCUGAUGCAACUGCUGGUACGAGUCGCAGUUUCACACAAAGAUUCCAAACAUUUCGCAUCCGUCAUAAAAAUGGAGAGUUGCCUUUUGUCUUUGGUGACAUCAUGGGCUUAGAAGCUCCUUCGUUGUCUGGGUUACAAGUAGAUGAUGUCAUCAGCACCAUACUUGGCCAUGUGAAGGAGAACUAUAUAUUUAAAGGGAAAGCACUCACUUCCGGGGAUGAAUCUUACAAUGUAAAGCCUUCAGUCUCUGACCAGAGCUUCUGCGUGGUUUACAUCAUAGCUGCAGAUACAGUCACAUUGACAGAUAAACUGCUGUUUGAAAAAUUAAAGCUCAUCCGCCAGACAAUCAGUGAUCAAGGGAUUCCUCAAGUGAUUGUCAUGACAAAAGUGGAUGAAGCAUGUCCACUGGUGAACAAAGAUCUAAAAAAGCUUUACACUAGCACGAAGAUUAAAAAGCUGGUGGACUUCUGCAGUGCCGAAGUGGGUGUGCCGAAGACCUGUAUCUUUCCAGUAAAGAACUAUCAUGAUGAGAUCAACACUAACCCUGAUGUUGAUGUUCUGAUUUUAAAGGCCCUUGAUCAGAUUGUGGAUUCUGCUGCCAGAAGACUUCAGAAAGGCUCUUACACGCUGAAAUGAAAUUCAUACAGUUAUUGAAAGCAUGUAAAAUAUGACUACUGCUAACAAUGUGUCAUUACAGAGAAAUGUUUUCCACAAUCACCAUAACCUCUUCUUUUUUUCACUAUACGCUACAUGUAAUAAAAAUGUUUUUAUUUAUUUCUAUUUAGAUACAUUGUAUACCAUGUUUAAGAUCUGCAUAUUUAAGCUUUUGUAAUGGUUGUGGCAAAGAAACUACACAAGAAGCACAUUGUUUUGUGGACUUUAUUUGAGCUAGAGGCUAGAAAUGAUUGCUGAGAUGAGACAGAUGCACUUUAAACCCAUUUUCAGGCCUCCAAAACACUGUUGAUGUGUACAUGAAUGGCCAAGACGCAUAUAAUGUUUUCCCACAAUGCUGGGCUAUUUUCAACCCAGCAUUGUGUCAAAAAGGGAAUAACCCAGCUGUUGGGACAAAUUAACCCAGUGUUUUGGUUUGCAACCCAGCAGGAUAAAUUACAAUCGAUCGGUUGGGUUCUUCCCUUUUUGAAUGUACGUAUGCUCGCUAUUUCAAUUGAGACCCUCAUUGGUUU